ACAGGCAUCAAGUAUCAAACUCCAGCGAUCGGGCGAUCAAAUCAGAUUAGAUAAACAGGGGUUGUACUGCACGUGCUCGCGUAGUGUGUAUACAUACUAACAGACAACGCGCGCAUCUCGUUGGUAAUUAUAUGUACAUCAGCGCAGCUAGCCAGCAUCAUUUUUACAUAUAUUGGUGAACACUGCAGUAACCCGAAGACCAUUUUUCCAGUUAUUGAUUGAAUUCUUCAUUAAGCUCCAAGAUGGAUCUUUUGAAAAGCGAUUUUUUCGACAACAAUUUCCCGGAAAUGAGCUCAAUGGAUAAGGAGUUCGGGACCAUGGGCUCUUCUGUAACUUCCAUGAGCUCAACCACAACGAUGAAGAGCUCAAAUUCAAAAUUCGACAGUGGCAUGGGGAAUCUGGGUGCAUGUGAUUCCCUCAUGGGAGCCGGUAUCGGUGGUGGAAGACUGGUGCCGACCAGAUUUUUCGACUGGAAUUUUUUUGAUCGGCAAAAAUCAAUGUUCUCAGACAUAAGCACGGAAUUUGACAACGAUUUCGGAAAAUUUGAUAUGGAAUUAGAAAGCAUGAGGAAAAGUAUGUUCCGAUUUGACGGGGACCCGGUGUUGAAGGUCGAACAGCCAUAUGUUGAAAGCAGAUCCGGAAGUAAAAAAUUAUCUUUGACCUUUGAUGUAAGCGGAUACAAACCGGAAAACAUUCACAUCAAGACGGUGGAUAGCAUGCUCACUGUACACGCCAAGCAUGAAGAGAAGACAGCAGAAACGUCGGUUUACCGUGAAUUCACGAAGUCAUACACUCUCCCGAAGGCUGUUGACCCUCUGGCAUUGACUUCUUCGCUUUCAGCCGACGGCGUACUCAGCAUCGAGGCCCCAGCCCCCCGCGAAGUUGUGGCUAAGAAGGAGCGCUUCGUUCCCAUCGAACUUCUCAAGCCCUUGUGAAAAUAGGUAACACCUACACUGACUUCGUAUUUAUGUGAUGUGCGUGUCAUCUGUACAGUAUUGUAAAUAAUUUAAAUGCCUUUUUAAAAAAAUGAAAACAUCUGAGAAUUAUGGAUGACAGUUACAUUGUUGCGGAUAUGUGAACCGGGCGAAUCUUUGGUACUCUAUAUGAUUUAAAUAUUCGGAUUUAUAUUCGUUUUCGACUUGAGUGACGUUUAUAUUUAUAUAAUUAUUUUAGCCAGUGGACGCAAACGUUUUGAAAUAGCUAAAAUCAAGUGGAACAUUCCAUGUGUAUUAAGUGACGGAUGGGACACUGUGUUCUGUUGUAAGGUAUGAUACCGUCUGUCGUACAACGAUCCUUGUUGUUGUUUAUUUUGCAUUUUGUUUGUGUACAGGAAAGUGCACAUUCCCUCGUUUUGUAUUUUAUAAUUCAUUAAAUAUUCUUUUAGUUUGU